AGCAGCUGAGAGGAGUGGACCCUCCUUCUUGUGAGAGAGACCAGGUGUAGCAGUCACCAUGGGCUUUGCCAUCUGUGUGUGUGUGCUAUCCGCACUGAUGCUGAUGAUGGGUGAACUGUCAGCAGCACAAGGUAGUGCAGAAACAUCUCCAGAGCCAACAUCAACAACAACUGAAGAGACAACUGUCUCUGUGUCAACAUCAGCACAGCGGCUGCUUUUAGAAGAAGAGGAAGGUAGUACAGAAACAUCUCCAGAGCCAACAACAGCAUUUGACCCUUGUCACCACUACACUGUGCUGGAUAAUGCAACGAGGGCUGCUAACAACACAUUUAAUCCCUACAACUACAACUACAACUACAACCAGAUGGAUGCUGCCCUCAGCUGGCAAGGCUGGUAUCGCAUGUAUUACCAGGGAACUGAUGCCCAUAUGCCAGAGUACUGCGUGAGAGCGCAACGCUGUGGAAAUUAUGUUCCUUUGUGGCUAAAUGGAACCCAUCCUCAAGUGGGGAAGGUAUUGUGACACGACAGGUCUGUGGGCACUGGAAG